AUGCGGUACAAUUGGAGAAGAGCUGAUUUACGAAGCAAGAGGGUAAGUGGAUUUGAUAUGGCGCUCCCUGCUUCUGCAAUGUUAGCUACUGUUGUUGCUGCCACAGCAGGCCAGGUUCCUAUGUGCCAGCUAGUGCUAAUAUUCCAGGGAUGUUCCCCAACAUCUUGCAAUGGUCCAUGGUCCGGAAAAGGUUCCUAUGUGCCAGCUAGUGCUAAUAUUCCAGGGAUGUUCCCCAACAUCUUGCAAUGGUCCAUGGUCCGGAAAAGGGUUCCUGCAAAGGUGAGGAGGCCAACUGACAACAACCCGUCCCUGGCUGCAGCUCUUGGCCCGAUCCAGCCUAAUCCCUGUCUCAACUUGGCGGCUGUUGGAUUGUCUUCGGGGUCUACUGGUGGGCUCGAGGGUCCAGACCGAAUUUUUGUGGGUGGGCUUCCUUAUUACUUCACACUUCACAGAAGAACAAAUCAGGGAGCUCUUGGAGUCUUUUGGACCCCUAAAAGGAAAACUGGAAACUCCAAGGGUUAUGCCUUCUGUGUUUUCCAAGAUCCUUUAGUGACAGAUAUUGCAUGUGCGGCUCUAAACGGGAUAAAGAUGGGUGAUAAGACGCUUAUAAGGCUUAUGCUACAGCCGGGAGGCACGAGCACCAAGAUUGUAUGUUUGAUUCAAGUGGUUACAGCUGAUGAUCUUGGAGACGAUGAAGAAUUUGAAGACAUAAUGGAAGACAUGAGACAAGAAGGUGGAAAAUUUGGUAACUCGGUGAAUGUUGUGAUUCCUAGGCCCAAUCUGGAUCAUGAUCCCACACCAGGAGUUGGAAAUGUCAUUUUCUUAGAGUAUGCGGAUGUGGAUGGCGCAGCAAAGGCAAUAUCCGGGAUGAACGGAAGAAAAUUUGGAGGAAACCAAGUGGUGGCUGUGUAUUACCCCGAGAACAAGUAUGCGCAAGGCGACUACGAACGCUGA